AUGGUCUUCAUCCACGGCUUCCCAGAGGCCUGGUUCUCGUGGAGGCACCAGCUCGAGCACUUCAAGCAGGAGUAUGAUGUGGUGGCUUUUGACAUGCGGGGAUACAAUGAGAGCGACAAGCCCCUGGGCAUCGACUCGUAUCUCAUGAGGCUGCUGGUGUCUGAUGUCGUCACCAUCAUCAAGAGUGUCAGCCCCGACCGUCAAGUGACCCUGGUUGCCCAUGAUUGGGGCGGCGUGAUCGCCUGGGUGUUGGCCAGGGCUCACCCCGAGCUGCUGAGUCACCUCGUCGUCCUGUGUGCGCCACACCCGUCCAACUUCCUCGAGAAGAUGACCACGGCGCAAAUGCUCAAGUCCUGGUACAUCUUCUUCUUCCAGGUUCCCUGGAUCCCCGAGGCCGUCCUGUCCGACGACAAUUUCGUCUUCAUCCAAAAGAUGUUCACCUCCAGGAAGAUGGGGUUGAGAAACCGCGAUCGCAUCAGCCCAGAGGAGAUCGCGCGCUACAAGGUGGCAGCCAGCCGCCCAGGAGCCCUCACCUCCAUGAUCAACUACUACAGGGCGUUGUACCGCUACGACCCUAGAUACCCCAAGCCCAAGAAGGGCAAGCUGAAGGUUCCCACCCUGCUGAUGUGGGCGGAGGACGACGGCGCAUUCACACCCAAGGUCUUUGAAGACACCGAGGCGCAUGUAGAGGACCUGACCACUAUCGGCCUGUCCGACUGCAGUCACUGGGCUCAGCAGGACAGACCCGACCUGGUCAACCGGCACAUCACCGAGUUCCUGGCAAGCCAUGCCACGACGCUCGGCAGCCGGCUCUGA